UUUUUAUACCACUGUCAUAAAAUUCAAUGUCAAAUCCCAUUUCGCACGGGAUGAUAUCAUUCCGCGUAAAAAUGGAAAUAAAAACCGUUUAGUAACAAUAAAAAUCAUAUCAUGCGACCAUGGCGGACCGUAUACGCCAUAUAGCCCGAACUCUACGUUCGAAACUGAACAUGCCCGUGACAGCCACAUCCAGCCGUCAGAAGAUAGAUGAUUUGAUCACCAAAUACAUGCCUGCUGAUAAGGUCGCCGAUUUCGCCGACAAAUUGAGGAAUGAGCCCAUAGGCACGAAGGUCAAAGAGCUGGUGGCUCGGUAUGAGAAGUUCACUGGGGUCGAAGAGAUAAUGGCUAUUCAGAACACCGUUAUCGAGGCUCAGGAGCGCUUCGUCUCAGCCCAGGACCGGAGGCGCGAGCUGGGUCGGCAGCUGGCCAACAUUGAGGAGCGACUGAAGGAACUCCACGCCGAGAUGCAGAGCACCAUGAAGGGCGACGACAAAUAUCUGCAGCUCUGUACUGAGGAGCAUAAGCUCAUAAUCCAAGAGCGGAACCUCCGCAGUCACUUCGCGGACGCAGAGAGAGAGGAGAGAGAUCUCUUCGCUCGCAUGUCGGCCGCCGUCAAGUUAGGUCACGAGAGGGAGCGGGCGCACGCCGAGAGAAACAAGUAUUGGUACAUCGUCGCUUCUAUAUUCGGCACCGUCUUGGGCAUUGCUGGCUCAACCAUCAACAACCGGCUCAAGAUGGCGGAGUUUAGAGACAUGAUGGAACAGCAGAUGGCGCGGUCGGCCUCCGUGCUGUACACAGUGGCCGGCGGUGGUUCGGCCUCCAGGCAGGACAUCACAGAGGCCAUGAAGACAGAGUUCGCUUACCAGGAACAGCUAGCAACCAACUUGGCGCAGAUGCAGGACAACAUCAACCAUCUAGUCGCCAAACAGACGUCACUUAUUGAUCACAUCAACCAGCAAGAGCAUCACAUGCAAACGCAGAUACGCGAUUUAAAAAAACUUGUCAUCGCCGCGUCACAGACUAGCGCAAAAUCGGACGCGGAACUAGCCAAAGCGUUGUCUGUGGUCCACCAAGAUCUAGACGACGAUAACAGGGAUAAGGAAGACACACAUAACAGAGUUAUACUGGAACCGCAACAGAUCAUAACGGGCAUUGGAGUUGUCAUGUGUCUCGCGAUCCUAUUGGGCAGCAUUGUUGGCAGGUCGUGAUUCGAAAUUGGAAUGUUAUUUCGAAUUUCGAAACAGUCUUUUUUUUUGCAAAUUCGCAGGCGUAUGGUUUUCUUUUCAGACUAGU